AUGUCUUCAGUUUUGGCCAGAGGAGCAAGGUCUCUCGGUGGUGUGCGCCACAGGCUCGCCCGAUGCGCCAGUACUGUAACCUUGAUCAAACCAUCGCCAUAUGAGGUGAGCAGAGGACAGCUGGACGAGCGAAACCUGGAGAUCGCGAUGAGACAUCUUCAUCAAGACGGCCUAGUCGUGGUGGAAAACGCCAUUGACCAUGCAGUGCUCGACCGAUUGAAUACGAAGAUGGUCCAAGACGCCAAGAUCCUGCGGGAUAUGGGCGACAAUAGUCCAUUCAACUAUAACAAGGGGAAUCUGCAGCAGGAUGCGCCACCACUUGCGGAGUGGUGGUCGGGGGACAUAUUUUGCAACCCCUUAGCAACACACAUCACCUCGACAAUGCUCGGCCGCCGGCCCAAGCUGACUUUCUGCUCGGGAAAUACGGCGAUGCCACCGACGCCGGACUCGGAACCAAAGCGACAGCCGGUGCAUUCGGACGCAGACUUCACACACCCGUCUCACCCCUUUGCUCUCGUCGUCAAUGUGCCAUUGGUCACCAUGAGGCCCGAGAAUGGCUCGACAGAGGUCUGGCUCGGUACACAUAACAGCAGUAUCGCGGAUCAAGAGGGUUCCCACGGUGGUCGAGCCAGCGGCCGCAUCAAAGAGGCCUUGCUGGAAGAGAGGCGGAAGGUUGCGCCUCCCGUUCAACCCAUCGUGCCAAAGGGAAGCGUGGUGGUGAGGGAUCUGAGACUGUGGCACGCGGGAAUGCCCAACUAUACCAACGAGGUGAGGGUGAUGUUGGCCAUGAUCCAUUUUGCCCCAUGGUAUCGGAAUCAGAUGAGCAUGCAGUUCGGGCAAGGGGUUCGGGAUUUUCUCGUCGAAGCGAACCGAGACUUGGACAUCCGCGCGGGCUAUGUGUCGGAUGAGGAAGCAAGAUCCAAUUACCUGGCGAGAGGACGUAUUCGGUGCGAUGGCAGACUCCCCAUAUGCGAAAGAUGUGAGAAGCGGGAUGUUUAUUGCGAUCGCUCGAGUCCGCUGGUCGUCAAGCAGUACACACCAGAGACAGGAGUUGACUUAGACAAGAGCCCUCGAGAGCUGCUCAGCGAAGCACUCAUUGCGAAAUUGUUUCAUGUUUACAUCAAGGACCUUGCACCAUGGUACGACCUUUCCGACGAGACUCGAGUAUUUGAAAAGGAUGUGGUUGAAACGGCUCUCGAAAGCGCCCUCCUCUUCUCGGCCACCAUCGCCUUUGCCGCAAUAUAUAUGCACCGCAAAGAGUCGUUUCCCCGAGCUGUCGCCGAGUCCUAUCACGAUCGCUGUGUCAAGCUGUUACUUGCUCUUUCGGCCAAAGAUCAGGAGGUCAUGGAUGGCACAGCCUUGGCAUCCACAUGCUUGCUGCGAUCAUACGAAAUCCUGGCCGAAGAUGAAGAUCCAAACCGUCAUCUCUUUGGCGCAUCGACAUUGUUGCCGCCAGUACCGUCGCUGUCAGAUCAUUCACUCCUGGCCGGUGGGUUCUGGAACUAUUUGCGGGAGGAUAUCAGCUACAGCUUGAUACACGAGUGCCCAUUGAAGGUUCGUGUAGACCGGGUUGGGGUCCAGCUGGUCUCUGACGACGCCUUCAGCAACGCGAUGACCCUUCUGCUUGGCAGGGCUGUCAAUGUCGCAUUUGGUGGCCACAGCGAUGAUGUGUUGGCAGAACUGGGCGAGUGGCGGAAGGCGUUCUCUAGACGGCCAUUUUCUCGAAUAGACGAGAGGCCAUUUCCUACCAUUCGCAUGACGCGCGAUUGCCAUGUGUUUGCAAUUCAAUACCACAACGUCGCGAGGUGCCUGCUACAGCCCGACGAGAGACCAGCGCUUGCAGCCGAUAUCUGCGGGCUCGCCAUGUCUAGCGAGAGCGCCCCGAUAGUGGUGAACAGUUAUGGGCCCAUUUGUUUUGCAGCACAGUGGCUCACCUCGACAGAAGAGCAACAAACGCUGGUGGACUUUUUGCGGAGCUCAGAACGGCGGACUGGCUGGUCAGUCGCUUUCUUGAUAACGAAACUUCGGCAGAGGUGGGAAGGGAAUGCUGUCGCCGCUUCGAACUAG